AUGGCGGAUACAAUCAGCGAGUCUGAGGCACAUCAUCAUGCCGACGAUGCUCACCAUCACCAUGCUCUCCACCUUGCCAAACCUCGUGAUCGACAUGAUGAGGAAUAUCAGGAGGACAUCAGGAUCGCAAAUCUCCUAGCCAAGGAUGUGGAGGAGAUGCCACGAGAAUACUUCACCAGCAUUCCCUUGGUCGGCACCAUGGUCUCAAUGUCUCUGACCGUGGUCUCGUCGUAUUUUGGCUUUGCUGUUCCUGCAUCGGUCCUGACAUUCAUCAAUCUAGACAUCGGCCCGAGCACUGACAUGAGCCUCUUUUCCAUCGUAUGGGUCUUGUGCAACGCCAUCAGUCUGUUGAUCACAGGACGAGUCUCCGAUAAGUUUGGACGGCGCAACUUUGUGCUCGGUGCUGGAGCACUCGCGAUAAUCGGAGGGAUCGUGGCCUGCACGGCAAAGAAUAUGAACACCCUGAUUGGGGCGAACGUUAUCAUUGGUCUCGCAUCUGGUGUUCAUUCUUCGCAGAGCCUCUUUACUGGAGAGCUGUUACCUCACCGAUAUAAGUUUCUGGCCGUUUUCAUGAUGCUGAUUCCCAUGGUCACAUCCACCGGAUUGGCAGCAUAUAUCGCCCGGGCACUGGUCGAGACAAGAAGCUGGCGGUGGAUCUACUAUAUUUACCUUAUCUUGGUUGGCUCCGGCUGGAUUAUCCAGAUCCUGGUCUACCACCCCCCGACCUUUGAUCAACUCCACGGCGGACAUCGCUCUCGACGGCGGGAAUUCAAGCGCAUGGACCAUUUUGGCCUCUUUCUGCUCGUUGCGGGCCUCACGCUAUUCAUCCUCGGAGUUUCCUGGGGUGGAAACCCACAGCCGUGGACUUCAGGGCGCAUCCUCGGGCUCCUCAUUACUGGAGGAGUUACACUCAUCAUUUUCGUCAUAUACGAGGUAUACACACCCAGCCCCAACCCAAUUGUCGACAUGACUCUGUUCAAAGAUAUACGAGGCUACGUGUGUCUGAACAUUGUCUCCAUGGCCGCGGGAGCCAUGUACAUCGCCCUGAAUGUCAUUUGGCCUCAACAGGUCGUCCUGGUCUAUGGCUCUGAGAAUCGAGACUGGCAGACUUCGGCUUGGAUGAGUACGGCAAUAGGAUGGGGAAUCUGGGGUGGAAUUAUGAUCUUAUUUCCCUUGGUUUCCGUGAUUAAGCAUUUGCGCCGCCAGGUCUUGGUACUUCUCAUAUUCAGCCUCGCCUUUACCGCCGCCCUUUCUCAGGUCAACCGCUCUCAGAAGGGUCAGGCCAUCGCCUUCGCAUUUCUCACUGCAUUCCCGAUAGGAUGGCUGGAAACAGGUACGACAAUCAUGGUCCAGCUUGAUGCACAGGACGCAGAUGUUGGCAUGGUCUAUGCUGUGCUAUCUGGCCUGCGGUCGAUUUCGGGCGCCGUCUUCACGGCCGUCUUCGUGGCAAUCCUCAAUUCCAAAGCCACCGCCAAGGUCGGUGCGUAUGUGACUCGCGCCGCCCUUGAAGCUGGUCUCCCCCAGUCCUCGCUCGGGCAACUAUUUCAGGCGCUCCAGACCCAGUCCGCCGAGGCACUGGCCAGCGUCCCGGGAAUCACCACAGAGAUACAGGUUGCUGUCGCUCGUGCCGCCGAGAAUGCUUAUGCUGACGCAUUUGCCUACGUCUACUAUGCCGCCCUGGCUGUCGGUGGCGUAGCAGUCCUGGCGGCGCUGUAUAUGAAGGACUAUGACCGCUAUAUGACAGGCCAUACACCUAAGCAGAUCUACGGUCGAGGGGGUCUGGCCCCCGAGGUGACGGUAGACGUUGAAAAGAAGGAUAUUGGGGAAGAUGUGAAGACGCAUCACGUCGCAUCACAUGAAGAGGAGAGUGUGCGGCCAUCUGAGAGAAUUCGGAAUCGUCUGUCCCAACGGCACUUUCGGGAGCGCAAGUCUCUGUACAUCAAGAGUCUCGAAAAAGCAUCCAAGGCGAGCACUCAGACAGAAAGCGCACGGAACAAGGCCCUGUCAAAGGAGCUCGCAGACCUGCGAACGGCCACGUUGAAGAUGCGGGCGCAGAUUUUGAAGCUGUCAUGUUCGCUGCACGCCGUGGGCACCGAGGUUGGCAAGAUCCUUCACGUCAAGGGGCUGGAAGACUCGGACUCUCCUUCCGAGCUCCAAGACACCAAUCGCAUGUCGUCGCCAUUGAGUGAUCUAGCCUACGGAGAAGAAAGCUCUAGUCCUGGGGGCUUGAACCCCGGCACCCUCUCGGACGAGUACGCAGAGUAUCCAGAAUUAACCGAGCUGAACCUGCAACCCCACCACACAGAGCAUGAUAACGAGCGUGUAUCUCGGUCAGAAGCUUCUCAGAACACAGACACAGGACAUGAAACUCGCCCGCCGGACGAAACAUCAAACGCAAACGAUCCAGUAUUGAACCCUUCCCAAAGCUCUGCAGAUGACCUGCAACCCGAAACCGGGACACACCAAGGGGAACAACACCCUUCUCAGCACUUUGUCAAUCAUAACGGAAAUCUUCCCAAUGCAACAGUGCAAGCGGUGAGCCCCGAAUGGAGUGUCGGUGACCCAAACAGCCUUGAAUUCUACUCACAACCCAUGGGACCUAUGGGAUUCCAAGUCUAUGGCACGACCUUUGCCUCACCACGCGCAACGACAAGGAUGACAUCUCCUGCCGCUGUUGGCGGCAGUGCCACGGCAAGUUUUGACACUGCUCAGCAGGUUGCCGGCCAGACAUUGCAUACGCAUACCGCUGCACCGAGUCACCCAGACCUCACCGUCCAUCAGAGAGCAUCGCUGCAGCAAGCAGGACAGCACCAGGAGCAUCAGCAUCAGCAUCAGCAGCAUAGUCCUGAUUCGCUCCUCCAAAGUGUUCCUGGGCAGACCAACCUCAGCCUUCCUGCUGGCCACUUCCCACCAUGGUUUGGCGGGGAUUUAACCCCAAACAAUCCUUCCUCUGCCUUUGCAAGACAUAUGGAGACUCUGGAGCUCCAAGUCCGCUGCCGGAUCGAUGCUGCCCCAGAUGGAUCGAGCAGGGAAAAGUAA